ACAACCUCCUGGUCGGUCGACUGGUAGCAUGGUGGAGUAAAAGGCGGCGUCUACCGGGCCGCUCGGAACCUCUCAGCGGGGUUAGGAUCACCAUGGCUCCGGGCUCUCUGGUGGCGGCCUGCCGCAGCCUGGCCCUCUCUACGUGGCUGCUAUCCUUCUGCUUCGUCCACCUGCUGUGUUUGGACUUCACCGUGGCCGAGCGCGAGGAGUGGUACACGGCUUUCGUCAACAUCACCUACGUGGACCCGGCCACGUCGGAGCUCCGCACCGAGAAGACGGAGUGCGGGCGCUACGGGGAGCACUCGCCGAAGCGGGACGCUCGGGGAGUUGUGGUUCUGCCCGCGGCGCUGCACGACCGCCAGGCCUGCGACCCCAACACUAGGUUCGCGGUGCCCGUACAGGCCGGGGCCUGGGUGGCGCUGAUAGCCCGGGGUAACUGCACCUACAAGGACAAGAUCCGCCACGCCGCAGCCCACAACGCCUCGGCGGUGGUCAUCUUUAACGUGGGGUCCGGUAACGUUAACGACACCAUCACGAUGCCUCAUCCAGGUACGGGCGAGGUGGUCGCCAUCAUGAUCCCCGAGCCGAAGGGCCGCGAGGUGGCGGCGCUGCUGGAGCGCAACGUGACGGUCACCAUGACGAUCACCAUCGGCACGCGGAACCUGCAGAAGUACGUGAGCCGGACGUCCGUGGUGUUCGUGUCCAUCUCCUUCAUCGUGCUGAUGAUCAUCUCGCUGGCCUGGCUCGUCUUCUACUACAUCCAGAGGUUCAGAUACGCCAACGCGCGGGACAGGAACCAGCGUCGACUUGGCGACGCGGCGAAGAAAGCCAUCAGUAAGCUGCAAGUUCGCACCAUCAGGAAGGGCGACCAGGAGACGGAGUCCGACUUCGACAACUGUGCCGUCUGCAUCGAGGGCUACAAGGCCAACGACGUGGUCCGCAUCCUGCCCUGCAGACAUUUGUUCCACAAGAGCUGCGUGGAUCCGUGGCUGCUGGAUCAUCGCACGUGUCCCAUGUGCAAGAUGAACAUCCUCAAAGCCCUCGGCAUCGCCCUGAACGCAGACUGCCUGGACGACCUCCCGCUGGACUAUGAGCUGGCCCUGGGUGUGGGGGGUGUUGGGGGUGGGGGCCCUGGCCCUGGAGGCCGUGGUCUCCGGGGCUCGGCGGUGGUGCUGGACCCCGGGGUGAGACGGGUGGGACUCCCUCAGGACUACCAGGACCCCGACACGCUGAGAGACAGCCCUCUGACAGCCACCACGGACACACACACCGGCGAGCUGCAGCCGAUGGCGAGCAGCGCCUCGGUGGCGUCCCUGGUCAUCACCGUGGAAACGGGUCUCUCAGACGAGGAGGGGUCCACUGAGCGGUCUCAUCUCGGGGACAAGUCCUGAGAGGAGGCACACACACCAGAACCAAAACCAGA